UGCGCUGUGUCCCUUGGACACAGUGGAUCACGGAAAGAGCUGAAGAUGUCGGCUCGGUCAUGUGAUCAGCUUUGUCCAAUCACAGCUGAUCACAUGGCACUGAUGAUCAGUGUGCUCUGAUGAUCAAUGUGGCCCCAGAAGUGCCACCUGUCAGUGUCCAUCAGUGCCACGUGCCAGUGCCCAUCAAUGACACAUCAGUGCAUACCAGUGCACAUCAAUGCCACAUAUCAGUGCCCAUCUGAGCUGCCUUUCAAUGUCACCCAUCAGUGCCAGUCAGUGCCACCCAUCAGUGCCACCUAUCAAUGCCAGUCAGUGCCGCCUAUCAGGGCCAGUCAGUGCCAUAUAUCAGUG